AUGAGUCCGGAUCUGGGAGGGGGCUUCGCAAACGAGGGCAGUGGCAGAAUUGGGUUAGAGUCCCCUAGGCCGAUGCCUUCGAGAGUCUUCAACCGCACGAAAACGUCUCGCCUCGGAGACCCUCGGGAGAAUGGCAUGUUUGCCAGCAAAGACACGGUGAUCCACAAACCAGACGCCGUCGCAAAGUCUGGUCUGCUCCAGAAGUCCGGGCUCCAGAAGUCCGGGGUAUUCGAAAGGCCCACGAAUUCGGGGUUGUUGAAAAAGUCGGACUCGGGAUUUUUGAAAAAGUCGGGGCUUCUGGGGAGGGCUAAGACCAAAGUGGGGCGGUCGGGGCAGCUGCCAAAGGGAGGGGCGCUCGAGCGGGUGGACGAGGAUGAUGAUUCGCUGGAGGACGACGAUGUGCCGGAGAACUGGUGGGCGGAGCAGAACAAGUGCAGCUGGUUCACCAUCCUGCAGUGGGUGGCGCUGGUACUGAUCAUUGCUCUUUUCAUCACGAGCACGGCUGUGUGGGGCGAGGUGAAGCUGCUGGGCGUGCUGCAGUGGAAGUGGCUGCUCAUUCUGCUCGUGGUUGUGUCGGGCCGCCUCAUCUCGGGCUGGCUCGUCAAGAUCGUUGUCUUCAUCCUGGAGCGCAACUUCCUCAUGAAGAAGCGCGUGCUGUACUUUGUGUACAGCCUCAAGAGCGGCGUGCAGAACUGCCUGUGGAUGGGCCUGGUCACCGCGUGCUGGUACGCCGUCAUGGACCCCAAGGUGCGCGACGUCGACAACCGCCUCCAGUACGUGACACGUGUCAUCCUCUGCAUCUUCGUGGCCAGCGCCCUCAAGCUCGCCGAGGUUCUGUUCAUCAAGGUGACUGCCAGCCGGUACCACGUGAACCGCUUCUUCGAGCGCAUCCAGGACACGCUCUUCCACCAGCACAUCCUCGAGACGCUUUCUGCGCCCCCCACACUCGGUUGGGAAGCCGCCGAGAAGGAGGAGGAGGAGGCGACCACGCAGAGCAAGAGCGGGCCCACGAAGUCGCCGGAGCAGCUCUCCCGGACGUUCGGGACCACGGUCAGACGGCGGAGCGAGUCGGGUCCCCUAGGGGGAUCCCCUCGGCAGCGCACCCCCGAGGGCACUCCCCGGUCGGCGCGGUCGGCGCCCCGCGAGACGGUGGUGGAGGAGGAGACGGGCAAGGUGGACAUCGACAAGCUGCAGCAGCUCAGCAGCUCCACCGUCUCGGCCUGGUCCAUGAAGCGGCUCAUCAACCUCGUGCGCUACCAGGGCAUCAGCACGUACUCGGACGUGGUGGAGGCCGGCGAGGAGAUCAACAGCGAGAUGGCCGCAAAAGCCGCCGCCAGGCAGAUCUUCUACAACGUCGCCAAGCCCAACAGCAGGUACAUCACGAUCGACGACCUGCGCCGCUUUUUGACCGGCGACGAGGUGGCGCGCACGUGGAUGAUGUUCGAGGGCGCCGUCGAGAAGGGCCACAUCACCAAGAAGAGCCUCAAGGCCUGGGUCGUCACCGUCUACAACGAGCGGCGCAGCUUGAGUUUGACGCUGAACGACACGAAGACGGUGGUGAAGAAGCUGAAGGGCGUGCUGGACGCGCUGCUGUGGGCGGUCAUCGUGGUCGUGUGGCUCACCAUCCUGGGCAUCGCCUCCUCCAACCUCUGGGUCGUCCUCUCCUCCCUGCUCAUCAGUUGGGUGUUUGUGUUUGGCAACAUGGCCAAGACGCUGUUCGAGGCGAUCGUGUUCAUCUUCGUGAUGCACCCCUUCGACGUGGGCGACCGCAUCGAAGUGGACGGCAACCAGAUGGUCGUCGAGGAAAUGAACAUCCUCACCACCGUCUUCCUCAGGGCGGACAACGGCAAGACGUACCUGCCGAAUAGCGUGCUGGCGCAAAAGCAGAUUGUGAACAUGGGCCGCAGCUCCGACAUGGGCGAGGCCAUCGACUUCUUCGUCGACUCGCUCACGCCCGCCGAGAAGAUCGCGGCGCUCAAGGAGCGCAUUGGAGACUACCUCAAGGCGCUCCCGCACCAUUGGUACCCGACGUUCUUCUUGCUUGUGCGCGACAUCGACAAGACAAACAACCGCAUGCAGUGCAGCUUCUGGGGGCAGCACACUAUGAACCACCAGAAUGCGGGGGAGCGCCACACCCGCCGGGGGGCCUUGCUGCAGCACCUGCUUGCGACCAUGCGCGAGCUGGGAAUCAACUACAGCAUCCCCACACAGGAAGUCAGACUGGGGGGACGCCUAGAAGGUUUUGGGAAGGCGUGAAACCCCUUGCAUCGCGAAAUAUGAGGCCCUCGGGGGCGAAGUUUUUGUCCGGAAGAGUUACUUUUGACCUGCUCGCGCCACUUGCCUGCACGUCUGACCUGAGAUCAUCAUUGAAAUAUGCGUGCAUCCGUCAGGCGAGAUUUAGAUCAGUCAAUAGGAGAGGGUGUUCGACCGUUACGUCGCUUACCGUUGCGGAAUUUCUUUACAAACUUGUCUUAGUUCGAAGUAAACUUAAGCUACUGGGAGGAUAGGUACGGAAGUAGCAGGGUUGAUCGAAGACCGGUCAAGUUGAGUGGGACUGCAGUUUUAGCGUGGCUUUUUCACGUAAUUAUUGGAGCCGCCUUGAGACUUUUUAUUUUAGUGCUGGUUGGUUGUUGAGUACUUUGAAAACUGCUUUAGCUGACGUUUAAUAGAUCCAUCGCUAGUUUAGCUUCUUACGUUUGAGCCUCAUACCGGUAAUCAAAGGAGUCUCUAACAAUUUAACCUGAUCUUCAGUCGUCCGUAGUUCAGGUUUCGUAGUGAGGUGAAGUUACAUUUUCAAAAGGCACCAGGCCACGUUUUUGGUCUUCAAACCGCGGUUGGGGUGGAUGUACUCCAACAGAGGCCUGAUCUUUUAUCAUGUUGAGCAUUUGCAU